UGUAGAUAAGCGUACUACUCGUGGCUAUCUGGUCCGAUUGAAAGUGUAUGUGUAAUUUCUUUCGUUCCACCGCGGCAAGAUGGGAUCACGGUCGUAGCAAAGCGACAUUGGUGCAUUCCUAUCCACACCAGUCGAGUAAUUCCUGCAGUGCGACUCAAUAAAAAGAGUGUCCCUUUCUUUACGACUGUCGCUAGCAACCAAUCACUGAGUCUAAAUACACCUUGAUUCAGGCUCCAGCGGGCCCAUGGCCAUUCUCGAGACCAGCAUCGUGGAUCAUCACGGUUGGAGGGUUCUAUUGAUCGACGGUCAUUGCCGCCUACCUUCCAGGGGGCAAAGCGCCCGCCAUAGCGGGGUACAUCCGCUUUCAGAGGCUUUAAGAGCCCAAGACGUUGCUGGGGGAAUGCCACAAUAGUGGGCACUAAGCUAUUUUAGGG